UCCAGCGUGUCGGAGUGCAGAGAACAACAAACAAGAUAGGGUGAAGACCGUCGGGAUGGAUGCAGCUACCUUAACAUACGACACACUUCGCUUUGGAGAGUUUGAAGAUUUUCCUGAGACCUCAGAGCCUGUGUGGAUCUUAGGAAAAGAAUAUAAUGCUCUCACAGAGAGAGAAGACAUUUUAUCAGAUGUCACAUCCCGACUGUGGUUCACAUACAGAAAAAACUUCCCACCUAUUGGUGGGACAGGACCAACAUCAGAUACGGGAUGGGGGUGUAUGUUACGGUGCGGCCAGAUGAUCCUUGGUGAAGCCUUGAUGUGUAGACAUUUAGGUAGAGACUGGAGAUGGGUGAAGGGCAAGAAACAAAGAGAAGAGUACAUCAGUAUUCUCAACGCCUUCAUUGACAAAAAAGACAGCUAUUAUUCCAUCCAUCAAAUCGCCCAGAUGGGAGUCGGAGAGGGAAAGCCUAUAGGCCAGUGGUAUGGACCAAACACAGUCGCCCAGGUCCUAAAGAAGCUGGCAGUGUUUGAUACAUGGAGCAAAUUAGUCGUACACGUGGCGAUGGACAACACUGUGGUCAUCGAGGAGAUCAAGCGUCUUUGUAUGCCCUGGUUGGACGGAGCCUGUGCUGAACCAGAGGCAGCAGGGGAGCUCAACGGCUGCCUGGAGGGGGCGUGCGCUCUAGCGGAGGAGGAGACAGCUCUCUGGAAACCUCUUGUCCUGCUCAUCCCCCUCAGGCUGGGCCUGACCGAUAUAAAUGAGGCCUACAUAGAAACCCUGAAGCAAUGCUUCAUGCUGCCUCAGUCUCUGGGCGUUAUUGGGGGAAAACCCAACAGUGCCCAUUACUUCAUUGGCUAUGUCGGUGAAGAGCUCAUCUAUUUAGACCCACACACCACCCAGCCCGCAGUGGAGCCGUGUGAAGAUGGUCAGGUCCAAGAUGAGACGUACCACUGUCAGCACCCACCCUGUCGCAUGCACAUCUGUGAACUGGACCCAUCCAUUGCAGCAGGUUUCUUCUGCAGAACAGAGGAUGAGUUUGAUGACUGGUGUAUGCGCAUCAGAAGGCUGUCCUGCAAAAGAGGCGGCCUGCCCAUGUUUGAACUUGUAGACAGUCAGCCCUCCCACAUGGUCAUUGUGGACGCCCUUAACCUUACUCCUGACCCUCACGUUCCAGACUUCUCAGACUCGGACAGGUUGGAGCGGUUCUUCGAUUCAGAGGAUGAAGAGUUUGAGAUCCUUUCCCUGUGAGGAACAAACGAACAAUGAUUUACUGUUCUCGACAGUUGGCGAGAGAUUCUUGUCUCUUCUCUGAGAGGAUGAACAUUAACUGGAGACCUCUUGAGCCGGUCCAGCUCCAAUGGUGUAGUCAGUGUGCAUCACACAGCAUUCUUCAACAGCCACUGAAUGCUGCUCUCCGUAUCCGACAUUGAGACCGCCUGGUGGAAGCCGUAGCAGGAGCUCAGGAUUUAUUCUGUAUGCACAUCUUCCACUUCCAUGUGUUUCCAUUUGAGUCUUAACACUUUAAAUGUUUAUUCUGAAGUGAUAUGGUGCCUUUCCCUGACUCCAUACUUAAAAUUGCCAUAACAGUUUUAUGUUGUAUAGAAACACAUUGGUUCAUGACACCCAUGGCUUACGCGGUUUGUCACUACUAACAAGUCUGUAACAGCCUGUAAUGAAACCAAAAUAAGUCAACUCAGCAGACAUGCUGUAUUAAUUAUUCAUGCAAAGUAUCCUUGCCAAGUUUUAAACAUAUACACAUGUUCAUUUGAAGAUUAUUUAUUUAAUCAAUACGCUGUAUAGACAGGUGAAAGAACAAUAGACAUGUAAGAGAAUCAAAAAUAAAAUCAGAAUCUAAUAUUUGA